CAUUUUUCAAAAUCAGGAGAGAGACUCUGGAAUUGCUUGUACCCAAGAAAUUUGCCGGUUCAGAAGUGCACUGUAGUUGGGUUUUUAUCUUCCACUUCGCCAUCUGUGACACAGUUUGAAGUGAUUUAGGCUUGUUUGGGGUAAUUUUAAACUUUGGUGUGUUUCCGGAUGCUGACUGUCAUGAAGGUGCUGUUUUGAUCGAAUCUAAACUAUAAAUUCAUCACCAAUGGAUUACAAAUGCAUUCAGUGCGGGUGCCCUGUCAAAACGCUUUACGUGCAGUAUUCUCCAGGCAAUAUACGCUUGAUGAAAUGCGAGAAUUGCAGGGCUGUGGCAGACGAAUAUAUUGAAUGUGAAAUCAUGAUUCUUGUAAUAGAUUUGAUACUUCACAAGCCCAAGGCCUAUAGACAUCUCCUCCACAAUGUCAUCAAUCAAAAAACAAUGAAGUUUCAGGGACUACUCUGGAAAUUGGCUAUCGUUUUUCUUCUCUUUGAAGCUCACAGAUGUUUGAUCUUGGAAAGUGGCAAGGGAAAAACGGGUUCAUCGAUGAGUUUCUCUUCAUUAGUAUCAAUAUGCUUGAAGGUGCUGGCGGAUGUUUUAUUUGGGAACUUUAUGUUUCUUUUAACUUUCUUCUUUAUGAUUAAGAUAUUUUUUCAUGUAUCAAUCACCAUCUCCAGGCGCAUUGACCUUUUGCUUAUACUAAUGAUUUCAAGUUACUUCAAGAUUUUUCUUGUUGCCAUGAUGGUCUGGGAGUUUCCAUCUUCAGUGAUCUUCAUCAUCGAAUUAUUCUGUUUAUCAUCGAAUGCUGUUGCAUUGAAAGUGAUGACUGAGUCAACUAUGAGUCGUUGUGUUUGGACCUGCUUCUUUGCAUAUGCUAUAAAGUUUUUGGUCACUCAGAUAUUGGAGCUCAUAUUAUUGGGGCAAUUAAUGCAAGGCUGGAGUCAAAUUUCAAGCUCAUUCUUGAAAUCAGCAUGAUUUAAUCAUCGUGAUGUAUAAGUAAAAUUUCGUAGCAAGUGUUUCUGAUCUGUAUAUAUGUUCCUUGCUAUUCUUUUA